AAAACAAAAUCGAACGGUGGUGAUAAACUUGAUUCUCUCAUCUCAGUCGUCUCCUUUUCCCUAUCUUCACCAUCGUCCGAUCCAUUCCACCACUCCAUUUCCACCCGAUCUUACUCCUCCUCUCUCUCUCUCUCGCGCCCAAAUUACAAAUCUUCCGUUUCUCCCAACAGAUAGGGUUUUGGCGAAUAUGGCUGAUGCUCCGGCGAGUCCCGGCGGAGGAAGUCAUGAGAGCGGCGAGCAGAGUCCGAGGUCUAAUGUUCGUGAACAGGAUAGGUUUCUUCCUAUUGCGAAUAUUAGCAGGAUCAUGAAGAAAGCUCUCCCUGCUAAUGGGAAGAUUGCUAAGGAUGCUAAGGAGACCGUACAAGAAUGUGUAUCGGAGUUCAUCAGUUUUAUUACUAGCGAGGCAAGCGAUAAAUGCCAAAGAGAGAAACGAAAGACGAUUAAUGGCGAUGAUUUACUUUGGGCGAUGGCCACUCUCGGAUUUGAGGAUUAUAUUGAUCCGCUUAAAACCUACUUGACGAAAUACAGAGAGACGGAGGGUGACACUAAGGGGUCUGCUAAAGGUGGCGAUGCGUCGGCUAAGAAAGAAGCUCAUCCAACCUCUGUUCCUCAGCUCGCUCAUGGAGGCUCGUUUUCCCAAGGAGUUAAUUAUGCGACUUCUCAAUCACAAGCCCAGCAUCUGAUGGUUCCUAUGCAAGUUAGGACACAGUAUUUCCAACCAACUCCUGGGGGAUCCCAUUCAUUUGUGGCUUGAAAACAAACUCAGUAUAAAGUAGCACCACUAGUUUUGAGGAUUUUAUUUUCUUUUUCUACCUAAAAGAAUGUAUUUUUAAGUAGUCGAUGAUUGUGGGAUGGUGGGUCUGCAGAGCCUUAGAUGACCUUAAAGUUACUAAAAGAAGGAGGCUGUAAACCAUGCUUUGAUUUU